AGCGGCGAGGCUCACCUACAUUUGAAGCAUAAAUCGGUGGAGCAUCUUGGAGCCUUGUAACUGUGGAUGCUGUGUAACGAAAAUGGUGAGGCGGAUCGACGAAGCCUGCCUCGACGGCUCGUCUUGCAUCAAGACGUAACGUUCGAGCUAUCGGUUCGAAUACGUCUUCUUGCAAAGCAGCAGGCCGUGCCGGAAUUGAUAGCAUCUUACAAGUUUCCCAAAGGGCUUUGGGUGGUUCCUCUGAGCAUAUGGUUCUGUUGCGUAGCCCUGUGUAGCUUCGGCACUGAGGUCACGGGCGAGCACCAUGCGUUGAUCGACCAGGAAGACGAGUAUACGAGCUAUCCGUAGAUCUAGCGCAAGCAAUUCGCUCCAGCUAUAACUUCCGAAUGACCUAUCGCAGAGCCACUCCUAGGUAAACGUCCUACGUUGCU